CUGCGCUCCUCCCCGUGUGGGUGACGGGAGGGGGAGGGAGCCAGGCAGAGCUGUUCCCACGUGUGACGCUCACAUUCCCGGCUCAGUAAUAUUCUCUUAGCUCUGACAGUGUGUGUGUUAGUUACUGGUCAUAGUUGGGUUAGCCAUGGAGGGAGACGGGAGCCAAGCCACAUCUGGAAGCCCUAACGAUUCGCAACACGACCCGGGUAAAAUGUUUAUCGGUGGCCUCAGCUGGCAAACUUCACCAGACAGCCUUAGAGACUAUUUUAGUAAAUUUGGAGAAAUCAGAGAAUGUAUGGUGAUGAGAGAUCCCACGACAAAACGCUCCAGGGGAUUUGGCUUCGUUACGUUUGCGGAUGCGGCCAGUGUAGAUAAGGUCCUAGCUCAACCUCACCACGAAUUAGACUCAAAGACGAUUGAUCCUAAAGUUGCCUUUCCAAGACGCGCUCAACCCAAGAUGGUCACAAGAACAAAGAAAAUAUUUGUAGGUGGAUUAUCAGCUAACACAGUAGUUGAAGAUGUAAAGCAGUAUUUUGAACAGUUUGGCAAGGUAGAAGAUGCUAUGCUUAUGUUUGAUAAAACUACAAAUAGACAUAGAGGAUUCGGCUUUGUAACUUUCGAGAACGAGGAUGUGGUGGAAAAGGUCUGCGAGAUUCAUUUUCACGAAAUCAAUAAUAAAAUGGUAGAAUGUAAGAAGGCCCAGCCGAAGGAAGUGAUGUUUCCUCCAGGGACGCGGGGGAGAGCCAGAGGUCUGCCCUACACCAUGGACGCCUUUAUGCUGGGAAUGGGCAUGCUGAGUUAUCCAAACAUUGUAGCAACGUAUGGCAGAGGAUACACUGGUUUCGCCCCAAGCUACAGCUACCAAUUCCCUGGCUUCCCGGCAACAGCAUACAGUCCAGUAGCAGCGGCGGCAGCAGUGGCGGCAGCGCGUGGCUCAGGUAGGGGGGCCCGUGGAAGAGGCGGCUACGCAGCAUACCCUCAGAGCACAGGGCCAGGCUUCCCCGAUUACGGUUUCUAUUCCUCGCCAAGCGACCAACGGGGGCCCCCCUUCUCCUUUGCGGACUAUGGCUCCCUGGGCCCCCAGGCGGCUCAGCUGCUGCAAAGCGAGCAUGCCACAUCAGCCUGCAACUCCCCUCUCCAGCACCUGGCCAGCCCGGAUCAGUAUAAGAGCCCAGGCAACAACCCGCCCCGGCCUGGAGCCUUUCCUGGAGCCAGCAGUCCCGGGCCAGUGGCUGAUCUGUACGGCCCCACCAGCCAGGACUCCGGUGUGGGCAACUACAUUAGCGCUGCUAGUCCCCAGCCCGGCUCCGGCUUUGGACACAGCAUUGCUGGUCCGUUGAUUGCGACAGCUUUUACAAAUGGAUACCAUUGAAACCUAACAGGUGGUUGGUUGCCAUCUCAUUUGAGCAGAGUUUAUCAGGAGGCCCGGGGAAGACUGGCCGGAGUUUCUAAUUGGUUCUGUGUACAGGUAAAGGCCAUUAAACUUCAAGCACUACAGCGCUGAACGGGAAUCUAAAGCUGAGAUGGCUCCACGCGAAGAACAAACCCAAAUGUCUGAAUCAUCUCAGAAAGAAGAAACAAAAAAACAAAAACAACUAAACAAUCUGCUGUACUAUACUGAAAUCCUGGCUUUUGAAUAUUUUAUCCUAGUGUAGCCCUGACCUUGAAUUAGGAUUUAAUUUAAUUUUUUUCCUUUUAGAAACAUUUUAGCCUUCUUUAUUGUGUACACGUUGAAUCAACCAACGUUUGUUUGAGUUUCUAGAUGUUCUUCAUUGUUCUUGAAUGUUCUCUGAUGAGAGCGACUAUGUAAACAUAAAAUGUAAUUUUUUUGUUCUGUUUUGGUAGUAAUAUUCCAAUAGCGGUUUCGUUUCACAGCCCUCGUCUAUCACUUUUCACACAAGCAAGAAAAUGGAUUGAAAUGACAUUUCUAAUUCAAGACUAAACCGCAAUGAGUGGGUAACUCAAAAAAAUCUUAGUAGCUCAGUUCUAUGUUUAUUGUGAUGUCUUGUUAACCAUGAUUACCUAUUUUGGGCAAUAAGAGGACUACAAUAUUUUCACAGUCCUUUUUUAUAAAUGUCAUUUUUGUUGUCGAUGAAAAAAAAAAUGAAAAAAAAGCUUUCCUUUUAAUACUUUGUGAAAUGAGAUUUAAAAAGAAAAGAAUUCUGAAACUGUAUAUAUUAUUCUGUUCACUGCAUCAAACUGUUUCUGAGAGAGAACCAUAUUUUUGUGAUGGUGUCAUAGAGGUUGUAUCGUGUGCAAGCCGAAAUAUGUCAGUUCAAAAAUAUCUUCGAGGCUCAAUGCAGUAACCGAGGUCCAUCUGUAGCACAAAGGCCGUGAUUUACCCCAGUACGGACGAAAUUCAAUCGAACACUGUUAGCUCGCUUUGUAAAUACCGUCGGCUUUACAACUGUGCAGGUGUUAUACCAGCAUAUGGAUUAGAUAGUACGUUAAAGAUGUGCACAGCUUACAAAGAGAAUCUACUUCACAAGCUAUACAGAAAUCAGCAUUGUAACAAAAGAUAACAAAUCACAACAAAAUCCAAAGCACACAUGAACUAUGAUUUCAAACCGUGUCGAGACAUUUCAUGUUAGCGUUUCAUUUGACAUUCUGGCGUGAGCUUCUUUUUCCCAUCGAGUGUCAGUGCCGAACGAUUCGAAUAACAAAGGCAAUAUUUCAAAGUGUUUUGAAAUUGCUCUACGAUUAGGAAAAACCCAUCUUUUCUACCAUUACCUCAGUCCUGUGAGAAUGACUUUAAAGGAGAUUACAAAUUAAUUUAUUUUAGCCUGAGACAGAUAUUGAAAAAGAUAUUAAAGUGUUGUUUUGAAAUUAAGUAAAUCAUUGCACUGUGAGAGAGAAUUUAUCAUUUUCUAUUUGCACAUGUGAACUGACAGUCUCUAACGUGGGUCACGUGAAGGACCGCUGUGGAAGCCGUUCGUUUCUUUCCACACGGGAUAACACUUACGAAUCUGGAGUCUUGGCUUGCAUUGAUUCAAAGACUGUACUUUUAAAUAAUAUCUUAUUCUAGAAUAUCAGAGAUGACAGAUGAGUUUAUUGGUAGCAAUAGUUCAUUUCCUCAGAAACACUGAAACUGAUUGAAACCAGUAGCUGCUACACACAUUUGUUGUACAUGUGGGGACUGGAUUUGAUGAGACACAAAUGGCAUUUAGAAAUAUGAACUGACUGAUGUAUGCUGUUAUUCAAUCUUGUUGAAAAUGUUUGAUUUUCGUUUAUUUAAAAUUAUUUUUCAUUUCACUAAACUAACAGGUGAGGCAGAAUGCUGGAUUCUUUCUCAAGAAGGAGACGUGAUAAAAGUAAUGAUAAAAAAAAAAACUUUGUGCUAACUGUUUGAGCUGUUUUAAAAAAGACAAACGUAUAAAAAAAAGAAAGUAAGAAAAUUAUCCCGAACAUGUUUUGAAUUUAAAUAGGGAUGGAUUUUUAUCAAUAUUUUUGUGGAUGUUAAUGAUUAUACUAAAUAUAACUGACAAUAAUACAGAUAUUAUGUACUGUA